GCCAUCCUGACUGUCAUGGCAUACGACCGCUACGUGGCCAUCUGCAACCCUCUGCGCUACACGGCGGUCAUGACUCGGCCCGUCCGGCUGCUCCUCGUCACAGGAGCCUGGAGUUUUGCCGCCUUCUGCACACUACCAGCUACCUCCAUGACCUGGCAGCGGCUUUACUGCGGCCCCAAUGUGGUGAGGAAUGGCUGGUGUGACCUGUCGUCUGUACGGUGCCUGGUGUGUGGUAACACCAUCAUAGAUAACAUUGUGUCCAUUUCCUUCGCCAUACUGGCGCUACUGACCACAGGAGUCCUCAUCCUCACCUCCUACAUCCUGAUAGGUGUUUCCAUAUCGAGGAUGGGUGUCGCUCAAAGGCUAAAGGCCUUCAGGACGUGUGCCGCCCACCUGACUGUGGUGUCCAUCUCUUACAGCUCGGCCUCGUUUGUAUACAUCUCCUACAGGGUGGGAAACUUUUCACCUGAGGUUCGUAUCAUCGUGUCUGUGCUGUACUCCGCUCUGACUCCUUUCCUAAACCCCCUGAUCUACAGUCUGAGGAACGAGGAGCUGCGAGAGUCCAUCAGGAGGACUCUGAGCAGGAGUCUUAGCUUACGAGUGAUUCCAGAACACUCUCAGAGAACUCUGAGCAAGGAAUGGACAGAAGCUCCUAUCUUAGUGAGGAGGUGUGGUUGACCCCGUUGCUAGGUAUGAGUCAUCAUUUCCAAAGCUGUGAUUGGUUGAUCCUAAAAGCUGGAUAAAAAACUUACUUUUGGUGAUAAUUGAUAAACUUAAUUAUGGAAUCUAAUCUUAUGAAGACUGUGUAAUUGUAAAUAACAUAUCACAUAAAAGAAAAUACAUGUUAAAUGAAUAGUAAACUGUACUAUAAAAUAAUCCUACUGAAUGCCCACAUAUUCACAUAGUGAUGGUUAUAUUAAUUUGCUUUUAUUAAUUGCAUGCUUUUGUACUUUCAACUAUCAACAUCUCAACUUAAUUUGGUAUUAACGAGUGUAACACAACACAGCUUUCAUCAAUGUCCUUGAUUGCUGACAGGUGUAUAAGAAGUAGGCUUGUCUGGCUUUUACAUCUGCUACAAACUAGUGAACAACAAUGGAGAAAAAAAGAACAAGAAAACCCAACUGGACCGAGGAACAGUGUUUGCUUUUGGCUCAAUUGAUCAAUGAGCAUAAAAGUGUUUUGAGGGGUAAAUUUAGCCCCAGUGUCACAGUGCAAGCCAAGAAGCAAGCCUGGGACACUAUAGCACAACAGAUAAAUGCCUCCUUUCCGUUGGUUGUGCGCACAAGUGAGGAUUGCGAGAAGCGGUGGUAUGUGUUGCAGUCAAAAGCAAAAGAGGAGAUUGCGGCACAAAAACGUGAAGCUUCACGCACAGGUGAGUGAUAUACCACUUCCUUACACCUGCUGGCAAAGUUAAUUUAAAUGCCUAAUUAUUGUGUAUAUAUUGAUUUACUGGAUUUCCUGUUAGGGGGUGGACCACCUUCUAAGCAGCUGUCCCAGGUUGCAGAAACAGUAUUUGAUAUACUGGGGCAGUCAGAAGUUGGCAUCACCGGGCUGAGGGAAGGCAUUGACUCCUCAAUGUUGCAGGCCAUUGAAAUGCAACAAUGGUAGAACAAAUGAGUUUUCAUAUAUCAAGAGGCAGGAAAACAAAAUAUUAAGCACAGUGUUUAUACAUUGCAUAAACCAUUUAGCGUAUUGCUUGUGCAUGUUCCUUCUACUAAAUCAAUUAAAACAAAACAAUAAUUAAACUAAAUGUGUUCCCCUUUCUGUAGCAUGGAGCGAUCAGAGGAACCGGGCCCCUCAACAUCACAGGUGUACGACCAUCAGACAGAGUCCAGCCUGCCCGCUGCUGCCGCUCAAACACCAUCCCUGCCUGCUGCACCUGCUGCUCCAACACCAUCCCUGCAGGACAGAAGAUUAGAGUUGACGAUGGAUGUCUUAACGCAGCAGAAAAGAGUUCUCUGCCUACAGGAGGAGUACUAUAGACUGAAAAUUCAGUUCCUACAAAAUAAAUUGAGUGACAAAUAGA